AUGGAUGGAUUGAUAGACGGGCAGACUGGUGGUCGGUUAAUUCCUAUCCAAAAACUUCCCAGAGCCUCCACACCGGAUGUACAGUACCCCGCAGGCGUUAUGAUGGCUGUUUCUGGGCUUGACACUACCACCAACCUCCUCCCCAGCAGAAACCUCUGCCUCCGUUUCCAAGCUCCUUUAAUGCCUCGGUGGCACACAUCGUGCUGCUUUUUAGAUGAGUCGCACGCACGAAGCGGACGUCGCACGAGUUUUUCUAUUUCGAUUGACUCCUCUCCAGAAUUUUUGAACACUUUACCGAGAAAAAAUAACUUUGGUCAGGCCUGA